GAAGUGACGAGUGUCUAUUGUGGCUAGCUUCACACCGGUUCCGCGUGUUGAUGCUCAAGAGAGGACGAGAGAGAAAACAAGCUUUCCCCAACGCAAAGAACCAAAGCCAGGCAAAACCGGAGGAAAAUGGACAUGAAGAAGAGGGUCUCCUUAGAGCUGAGGCACCGGUCGCCCUCGGAGGUCCAGGAGCUGGUCCUGGAUAACUGUCGCUCGAGCGAAGGAAAGAUCGAGGGAAUCACGGAAGAGUUCUCGAAUCUGGAGCUGCUCAGCCUCAUUAACGUCGGCCUGACCAGCGUCGCAGACAUCCCAAAGCUGGACAAACUCAAAAAGUUGGAGCUCAGUGACAACAGGAUAUCGGGUGGUCUGGAGGUCCUGGCGGAGCGGCUGGUGAACCUAACGCACCUUAAUCUCAGCGGGAACAAGUUCAAAGACAUCAGCACCCUGGAGCCGCUGAAAAAGCUACCGCAGCUGAAGAGUCUCGACCUGUUUAACUGUGAGGUGACAAACCUGGCCGACUACAGGGAGUCCAUCUUCAAGCUCCUCCCCCAGCUCACCUACCUGGACGGCUACGACAUCGACGACUGCGAGGCCUCCGACUCCGACGGCGAGGGAGACGGUGUCGACGAUGAGGACGAAGAAGAGGGAGAGUCAGAGGACUUUGAGGAAGAGGAAGAAGAGGAUGAAGAAGACGUAGUGGUUGAGGAGGACGACGAAGAUGACGACAGCGGUGAUGAUGAGGACGGAGAGGUGAACGGAGACAUGGACAGCGAGGAAGAAGAUGAUGAUGAAGAUGAGGAGGAGGACGAUGAGGACUCAUCUCCAGCCAAAGGAGAGAAGAGGAAGAGGGACCCCGAGGACGAGGAUGAUGAUGAUGAAUGAGGGGUCUGCAGAGACCCCUCCCUGACCCCCGCAAACCCUGCUGACCUCUUACCCACCCUCAGUAUAAAUGACUCAUCCCUGCUGCCAAUUCUUCCCUAUCUGCCUCCUCCCACUUUCACUCUGGGCCACGUCCCAUUUCCGAAACUGGUCUCCUCGCUUGUCGCCUGCCUCUAGCAGAGCAAAUUGACAUCCGUUAUUAUCUAAAACGCCUCUUUAAUUGUUUGUUUUACAGUAUUUUUUUUAAAUACUUUCAUUUCCACAAGUUGAGCCAAAUUUUGUUCCCGUUGUCAGUCACCAACUUGCAGCCUUCAUUUAGUCCUCUGUUUCCGCCGUAGUGUUAUUCUUUUGGUUUAAUGGCAGCACAUUUAUUUUUGUGAACUCAGGAAAGAAGAAAACACUUUAACAGAAAAGUAUCCGUUUUCUAGUCUCACUAUCAACUGUACAAAAGAGUUUGGUUAGCUAUUAAAAUAAGAAGCUGCAGAGAUAUUCUCACAUUUUUAGAAGCUGGAACCAGUGGAUGUUUCGCCUUCUUAUUUGGAAAGUUGCAAAUCUUCCGUCGGAAUAUACAGCUUGACUUUUUCUUUUUUUUUUCUCACAGUUUACAUUUUAAAAUGGGGGGGACAAACUUAUGCUAACAAGAAAGAAACAUCUUAACUCUAAAUUCCAACUCUUGUGUGUGGGCAGUAAAUGCAUCACCAGUCCUGAAAAGCUCAAAAAACAAAACGUCAGCAAACGUUACAUCAGUUUUCCUCUUCAUCCUGAGAAUAAAAAUCUUUCAUUAACUUUUUUUUUCAUUGCAUGUGGGCGUGAUUUAUUUUUAAUUUUUUUACAAGACAAUAAAAACAUGAGGAGUUAAUAAAUGAGUGAAUGAAAUGUGAACCCAAACCCAUCAUUUCCUUAUUUUCCCCCUGAUGUCAUCGGUCUGUGAUGUAGCUCAUCACUCUGAUGACAUCAUUGUGUUAAAGCCAAUUUACAAAAAAUAAAAAAACAGCUACCCACCCUCCCCCUCCCCCCUCCUGUCGCCGAGGCCAAACCUGCUCAGGGCAAACCGUGUUCUGUCUUUUUUUGCCAACAGAGCUUUUUAAAAGAAAUAUUUUUUCAGAGGAAUUUGUUUUUGUUUAAUUUUUGUAUGGUUGUCUGGGGAAACGCUCUGUCUCUGUUCUCCCCCCUCUCCCUCUCUGUUUCUGCCUCCUUACAUUUCUGUCUCCUCAGUAGAGAGCUCCAGAUGUCCUUCAAGCUUACACUGACUAGUCGAGGUUGUUUUCUUUUUUUUUUGUUUUUUUGUUUUUUACUUUCUGUAAGUUAAAUGAAAGCAAACAAAAAAUGCAUACAAAAACGACUUUGUAAAUAAAAUCUUAACAUUUUGCUCCUGUC